UUAAAUCCCCACUAAAGAAAAAUUUUAAAAAAUGCUAGUUGCAGAUUUUCAAUCCACUGGACUUUAAAAAGAAAUAGAUUCUUUAAUGAGUAGUUGUAACGAAAAUUGUAAUAGUUAAUUGAUGGCAGGAAAUACGAAUUGAUUUAUACUGGUUUGAAGAUUCUGGCUUGAGAGGAAAUGCAACUUUACGGGAGAAGACGACUCAAAGGUGUCAGGAACAAUUUAUUCACAAGGCAAAAUAUCUUCAACGUCUCUCCAAAACUUCAAGGGCAGAAUGGGUAUCUGCUGAGAUGGUAAAAUGUCCAGUGGGCAUGAAAUAUUUCACCAGAUCUCACUUGCCGGGGAAAAAAAGCCAGUGAACGCGACCCACGAAGCCGACUAGAUCGUGCUCUCGGCCUCAGAUUGGUCGAGCCUGUUUGGGCUGCAGAAAAAGCGGAAGCGCGCUUUUCAAAGUCGUCCCACCAUCGAUGAAGACAGGCCACUUCCGGCGUAGCCAUGGCGGCUAACGCUACUACCAAUCCGUCGCAGCUGCUGCCGUUAGGUAAUCGCCGUCCUUUGGGGAGCAGUAAUAGGGAGCGGACGUUCAGGAUUGGGGGCCGAGGGGCUGUUCCGAGGGGAAAUGUAUAAGACCAAAUGCGGUUCGACUCUCGGCUCCAAGUCUUCGCGACAGCAGGCCGCCCCUGCUCUUUAACGUGGUCGGGCUCCUCCAGGCAAGGACUUUGACUCCUCAAACCAGACCGUCACUGAAAAAGGUCCACAUUUAGUGAACGCGUCGUCGGCCUCCUUUGUUGUGAGCCCACCUCUGCAGUGUUAUAGAGCUUGUGGACAAAUGUAUAGGAUCAAGAAUUCACAUCGUGAUGAAGAGUGAUAAGGAAAUUGUUGGUACUCUUCUAGGAUUUGAUGACUUUGUCAAUAUGGUACUGGAAGAUGUCACUGAGUUUGAAAUCACACCAGAAGGAAGAAGGAUUACUAAAUUAGAUCAGAUUUUGCUAAAUGGAAAUAAUAUAACAAUGCUGGUUCCUGGAGGAGAAGGACCUGAAGUGUGAAUGAGUUUCCUCGACUUAAGAUUUUGUUUUGUCUUAUAAUGACAAGAAAAUGGAAUUUUUUUUUCCCACUUUCUAAUGUUUAAAUCCAAUAAAGCUAAGUUUCCCGUUAAAGGGAAGUGCUUUGAAGAUGUGUACCCAUUUUUGUAAGUUAAUCAUGAUUAUCCUGGAAAAAGAAGAAAAGAGCUUCUUCUUUGUAGAUGAAAAUAAAGGUGUUUUUGGUUAA